GCUGCUCGAGACAUCAUCAUCAUGGCGUGACUAACCGGGCUCGUAUUUGUGCAGGUGGACGAUAUUUUUAUUUUUUAUUUUUUGGCAUUAUCAGACAUUGGCUGCCUAUUUUUUUUCUUGUUUGUUUGUUUGUUUUUCUUCCGGGAUACACAAGAUUCCCCCCCCCCCCCUCCGCCGCAUCCCGCCAGGAGAAACCAAAGGAGCGGACGGAGCAAGUCGUGUAUGAAAACUAAUUGCUCGCAUGACUGCGCAUACUAUUCGGGGAGACUGCAUGCGUGUGCGCGCGCGUGUGUAUGUGCGUGCGCGUGCGCGCAUUUGCUUGGGUGGGAUUCCUUCGUCUCGCCUCAGACAGACAGGGGGGAACUUAUGACAACCAGCAGCUCCGGAGAUGAGCUGAAGCAGGAGCGCUUGUUUUUACUGGACACGAGCGGGGUUUUUUCUUUUCUUUUUGAUAGCCUAUUCCAUUUCUUUUUUUUUUUUUUUACGGAGAGUUUUCUUUAAGGCUCUGAUUUGACGCCGACGUCUCUCUCUCUUUUUUCAGGAGAGCCUAAGUAUCGCUACGAGAGCAGCUGCAGUUCUCCAUCCGGACACCAUCUCUCCUCUCCUCCGCGGUACAACAAGAGGCGCGAGAUGUAAGGAGAAUGUAAACCCAUCUCUCGCGACGUGUAUUUUCCGAGGGGAUAUUUUUGUGCACGCGGGAGACUUACAGACGUUUCCAUCCCCGCUCGGACGCAAAGCCUCGGACUAUCCCGAGUUUUUUUUUUUUUUUUCUUCCCUCCUCUGUCUUUGGAUUUGGCGGAUUCCAGCUUUGCAUCUCCAGCCUUUUAAGCCACAACCGGGACCCUGGUGGGAUUUUAGGUGCGGUUUUCGUCGUCCCCGACGCAGACGGCUCUGAAGAGAACCCGGUGAGCGGCAUUCCCCACCGGCCAGUGAUCGGGAGCAUUGCUUUUCAUAGCAUUUGGAGUCCUCGGCAUCGCCCUGACUGUCUGGCAGCUGCCUGUUCAGGAUGCUGCAGCUGAACCUGUGAUGGACACCAGGGCUUGAUAUUUGUGCCUGGAAAAUAAUCACCAAUGGACCGGCUGGUUCUUUGCGUGCUGCUGUGCGCAGCUCUGGUGAAAGGCUACAGCUGCCCCGGCCGCUGCAUCUGCCAGCAUCUCUCGCCCACUCUGACUCUGCUCUGUGCAAAGACCGGCUUGCUGUUUGUGCCCCCCACAAUCGACCGGAAGACCGUGGAGCUGCGGCUCACCGACAACUUCAUCACCAUUAUCCGUAAGAAGGACUUCCUCAACAUGACCAGCCUGGUCCACCUCACCUUAUCCCGCAACACCAUCAGCCAGAUCGUGCCGCACGCCUUCCUGGGCCUGCGCUCGCUCCGGGCGCUCCACAUGGAUGGGAACCGGCUCAGCAUCAUAAAGAGCGACCACUUCAAAGGCCUCAUCAACUUGCGGCACCUCAUCCUCGGGAACAACCAGAUCCACCAAGUGGCCUCGACCUCCUUCGACGAGUUUGUCGCCACCAUUGAGGACUUGGAUCUGUCCAACAACAAUCUGCGCAGCCUUCCUUGGGAGGCCAUAGCCAGAAUGACUAACAUUAACACGCUCACCUUGGACCAUAACCUCAUCGACCACAUAGAAGCAGGGACUUUCACUUUGCUCACUAAGCUCGUCCGCUUGGACAUGACUUCCAACCGGCUGCAGAAGCUUCCACCAGACAGCCUGUUCCAGCACGCCCAGGUUCUAUCCGACGCCAAGGGCUCCAGCUCAUCCACACUGGCAGUGAGCUUCGGCGGGAAUCCCCUCCACUGCAACUGUGAGCUGCUGUGGCUGCGCCGGCUGACGCGGGAGGACGACUUGGAGACCUGCGCCUCGCCGGAACACCUCAUGGACAAAUAUUUCUGGUCGAUACAGGAGGAGGAGUUCAUCUGCGAGCCCCCGCUGAUCACCAAGAACUACUCCUCUAAGCCCUAUGUGAUGGAGGGCCAGGGUGUGACUUUAAAGUGCAAAGCCAUGGGGGAUCCAGAUCCAGACAUUCACUGGAGGUCACCAGACGGCAAGCUGGUGCACAACAACUCACGCACCAUCUUGUAUGACAACGGCACCCUUGACAUUCUCAUCACCACGCUGAAGGACAGUGGGUCGUUCAACUGCGUGGCGUCCAAUGCUGCCGGCAUCGCCACGGCUGCUGUGGAGAUCAGCAUGAUCCCCCUGCCCUUGUUCGUGAACAACACCGGCCACAUGCGCGAGGACCCCGGCCUCUCCGACAUCACCACUUCCUCCAAAGCUGGCAAUGACACAAAAGGCUACGACAAGCAGGACAAGAGGGUCCUGGUCACGGAGCUGACCUCGUCCUCCGCCGUGAUCCGCUGGCCGUCUGAACGCCACAUCCCUGGGAUCAGGAUGUACCAGAUUCAGUACAACAGCACUGCAGAUGAUACGUUGGUGUACAGAAUGAUCCCGUCUACCAGCAAAAACUUCCUCAUCAACGACCUGGCUGCGGGGCGGGAGUACGACCUCUGCGUGCUGGCCGUGUACGACGACGGCAUCACGUCGCUGACGGCCACGCGCGUGGUCGGCUGCGUGCAGUUCCACACGGCCAACGAGGUCAGCCAGUGCCGCUUCAUGCACAGCCAGUUCCUGGGAGGCACCAUGAUCAUCAUUAUUGGCGGCAUCAUCGUCGCUUCCGUGCUGGUGUUCAUCAUCAUCCUGAUGAUCCGCUAUAAGGCCUACGGCAGCCCCGUGGACACCAAGGCCAAGGCCAGCUCCGCCAUGCACUCGCAAACCAACGGCAGCCAGCAGCGGCUGCAGCGCUCUGCGUCCAAGCAGCCGUCUGACGAAGGCGAAGCGCCGGCGCCCAAAGAGUGCCUGGCUCUGGUGUUGAGGGUGGACAGCGAGAAGAAGGAGGACCUGGCGUCCGCGACGGCAGUCCUGGAAGUGGAGCCGCUCCCAAAUGCGGACAAGAUGAUGAAGAGAAGGAGCAGUCUGGAUGCUCAGCGCUCCGGGCCGCCAUCUGAGGACACACAGACGGACAGCAGCCUGACCGGCUCCACCAUGUCCCUCUGCCUCAUCGGCUCCAAUGCCGGCACUAAGGAGGCUCCCAGGCUUAAGGACAAGAAAAGCACCCUGGCCAGCGUGGGGCUACUCCCCAACGAGCUGGCACGAACUAGGCAUAGAUUCUCUUUCGAUGGUGGGGAUUACUCCAUAUUUCAGAGUCACAGUUACCCGCGCAGAGCGAGGACGAGGUGGCACAAGUCCACCAACCAGCUCAACACGGAGUCAUCGCCGCUCGCCAACAGGAGAGUCACAUUCAGCAGCACUGAGUGGAUGCUUGAGAGCACGGUUUGAGGAAAGCGGUGUAGCAAAAAAAAGAAAAAAACGAAAUAAAAAGUACAAAGAAACGUUUAAAAAAAGGCACAAACGUAACAUGUAUAAACACAAAACGUCUACAUGCCAUACAGCACAACGAUGAUUAAAACCAAGCACAUUUAUGUACUCAUGCUGACUUCCUGUGAGUUGCUGGAGGAGAACAGUAUCCUGUCAUCCUGCUUCCCCCCCAUCGUGCUCCCAGAGGGGUUUAUUUGGGCCAUGCCUCUUCUUCUUCUUUGUUUUUUUUUUUUUUUUUUUUUUUUUUUUUUUUUUUUUUUUUUUUUUUUUUUUUUUUUUUUUUUUUUUUUUU